GUAGCCCCUCCCCUUCCGGCGGGGCGGCGGUGGCGGCGGGCGCUGCUCGGCGCUGCUCGGCGGCGGCUGCUCCGCGCGGCCCCCCCCGGCCCGGCCCCGGCCCGGCUCCGGCCCGGCCCCCCCCGGCCCCAUGGCGCUGUGCAACGGAGACGCCAAGCCGGACAACGCGGGAGGAGAGCUGAAGGACGGGCAGCACCACUACGAGGGAGCCGUCGUCAUCCUGGACGCGGGCGCGCAGUACGGGAAGGUGAUCGACCGGCGGGUGCGCGAGCUCUUCGUGCAGUCCGAGAUCUUCCCCCUGGAGACGCCAGCCUUCGCCAUCCGGGAGCAGGGCUUUCGAGCUAUCAUCAUAUCCGGAGGACCAAACUCUGUGUAUGCAGAAGAUGCACCAUGGUUCGACCCCGCGAUAUUCACAAUAGGAAAACCAGUCCUUGGGAUCUGCUACGGAAUGCAGAUGAUGAAUAAAGUAUUUGGAGGUACAGUGCACAAGAAGAGUGUUAGAGAAGACGGAGUGUUCAACAUCACUCUGGAUAACACGUGUUCGCUGUUCAGGGGCCUUCAGAAGGAAGAGCUUGUGCUCCUCACUCACGGGGACAGCGUGGAUAAAGUAGCUGAUGGAUUCAAAGUGGUUGCGCAGUCUGGGAACAUCAUAGCAGGUAUAGCGAAUGAAUCUAAAAAACUGUAUGGAGCACAGUUCCACCCCGAAGUUAGCCUUACAGUGAACGGAAAAAUGAUCCUGAAGAAUUUUCUUUAUGAUAUUGCGGGAUGCAGUGGUACCUUUACGGUGGAAAACAGAGAACUUCAGUGCAUUCAAGAUAUCAAAGAGAAAGUGGGUUCAUCUAAAGUCCUGGUUUUACUCAGUGGAGGUGUGGACUCAACAGUGUGCACUGCUCUCCUAAACCGAGCUUUAAACCGCGAUCAGGUGAUAGCUGUACAUAUAGAUAACGGAUUUAUGCGCAAAAGAGAGAGUCAGUCAGUGGAGGAGGCACUCAAAAAACUCGGUAUUCAAGUUAAAGUGGUGAAUGCAGCUCAUUCGUUCUAUAACGGUACAACAACUCUGCCAAUCUCUGAUGAAGACAGAACUCCACGUAAAAGAAUCAGCAAGACCUUAAAUAUGACUACAAGUCCUGAAGAAAAAAGAAAAAUUAUCGGUGACACCUUUGUUAAGAUUGCCAAUGAAGUUAUCGGAGAGAUGAACCUGAAACCUGAAGAGGUGUUUCUUGCUCAGGGUACCCUCAGACCUGAUCUCAUUGAAAGCGCUUCCCUUGUUGCAAGUGGCAAAGCUGAAGUCAUCAAAACUCAUCAUAAUGACACAGAGCUGAUUCGGAAGUUAAGAGAGGAGGGUAAAGUAAUAGAACCUCUGAAAGACUUUCACAAAGAUGAAGUACGAGUGCUGGGAAGGGAGCUUGGUCUUCCCGAGGAGCUGGUUUCAAGGCAUCCCUUCCCAGGUCCUGGUCUGGCAAUCAGAGUGAUAUGUGCUGAGGAACCUUACGUGUGCAAAGACUUCCCUGAAACAAACAACAUUUUGAAAAUAGUUGCAGACUUUUCUGCAAGUGUUAAGAAGCCACAUACUUUGUUGCAAAGGGUCAAAGCAUGUACAACUGAAGAAGAUCAGGAGAAGCUGAUGCAGAUCACAAGCCUACAUUCACUGAAUGCCUUCUUGUUACCCAUCAAAACCGUGGGAGUGCAGGGUGACUGUCGCUCCUAUAGCUAUGUCUGUGGGAUCUCUAGUAAAGAUGUUCCACACUGGGAGUCUCUUAUGUUUCUUGCCAGACUCAUACCACGCAUGUGCCACAACAUAAACAGGGUUGUGUAUGUGUUCGGUCCACCAGUCAAAGAGCCUCCCACCGAUGUCACGCCCACGUUUCUGACAACAGGAGUCCUCAGCACUUUACGUCAAGCUGAUUUUGAGGCUCACAAUAUUCUCAGGGAGUCUGGUUACGCCGGAAAAAUUAGCCAGAUGCCAAUAAUCUUGACACCGUUGCAUUUUGAUCGAGACCCCCUACAGAAACAACCUUCUUGUCAACGAUCCGUGGUUAUCCGAACUUUCAUCACGAGCGACUUCAUGACUGGUAUUGCAGCAACUCCUGGUAAUGAGAUCCCAGAAGAGGUUGUGUUAAAAAUGGUUGUGGAGAUAAAGAAGAUUCCUGGCAUUUCUCGGGUGAUGUAUGACUUGACAUCAAAACCACCAGGAACUACAGAGUGGGAGUAAUUAACUUUUUUUUAUUGAAGUACUGUGUGCAGUCUAAACCAUAUCAGAAACCAUUCCCAGUGUUGACAUGCAGUACUGUGAAAGAGUGACUGGAGCUGCUACAUCCCAUCCGACUCCUCCUGGAGCGUAAAUCUGCAGUUUAGAGCUGUGUGGGAAUAACUGAGCGGGGCUGAGGAUUUGUACGGGUAAAUGAUCCUGGCAGCGUUGCCUGUGCGCAGACAGAUUCCUCUUGCUUUGGCCUUUGUCUUACUGUUCCUUCGCGUUUCCAUGUGGUUUAUUGUAACUGUCAUUUCAACGUCUCUUUGUUUUUGUACACUGUGUAUAAAGAGACAGUUUAUUUACUUCUACCAAAAGCAUUGUUACAGCCUAAAAAUGUAAAAAGAAUACUUUGUGACCAACUGCUUUUGAACAGAUUUAUUAUAAAUAAAUAUUUUGCCAAAUGGAGUAGUGGGUACUGUUGAGUUGUGGAAUUAAUGUGUAUCUGUUGUGUACUGUUAAGCCUGUUCUAUAUUGUUUGACGUAUUAGCCCAUGGCAAUAAUGUUGAGUUCCAAAAGAGCAAUGCUGAAAUGUUACGAAAUUACUUUCUGUCUGUCUGUCUGUCCUCGCUCCCUCUCGCAUCACUUGCUAGGUGUGCUGGCUGGUAACAGGCGUGUGUAGGCUGACUGAUCUCCAGCGUACAGGUCCUGCACAGACCGUGAGGUGUCCUGUGUGCUUCUGGGGACUCUGAGAGAAGAGUAAAAGUGAGAGUGCAGCUGUAAAAGCUGUGGCACCAGAGCUCCUGGACGUGCAAGUCCUGUUUCUGUUCUCCAGCGCUUAUGCAUCAGUCCCUUCACAGCCUGCUGCCCAUGUGCUUGCGUUAUACUUGAUGACAUUUUAUUUUUUACACCUUUGCUGUUACGGGAUUUUUUUUUUUUUUGGUAUGUAUUGUACUUAGCUUGAUUUUUAAAAUCCUGGUAGUCAUUAGUGUGCAGUCACAGUACUGGAGGUGACAUACCCAACCGAUAUCGGUUCCUUCCAUCACGUGUAUUCUGCUGUUUAUGUAGUUAAGCAAUAAUUUGAGAGAUGGUUACUUUGGACGCCUGUGCUUUUCUGGUCUAUCGAGGCAAAGCUGUUUCAUCCACCUAACAAUGUUCAGCAUGUCCUGCAGCUGCUGUCUGUGGAGGUGCAGCGUGUCGCAGCUCUGCCCUGAGCAGCUUUCUGGGGACCUCCACCAGUGGAACUGCUCCUGUGUACCCAGGGUCGUCCCUUUUACCCCCCACUUCUUGAACAGUUGCUUUUCAUUCAGCUGCAGGAUGACCAUGGCUUUAUGAGGGUGAAAUGCUUGGUUUAAACUGUUCAAUAACAUGGGGUAUUUCGUGGCUGUAGCUGCCUAUAUUUCCACGUACAUAGAUCUGUGAACUGGACUAGCAGUUGGAGUGUUUGUUCUGUGUUCUGUUGCUCGCACAUGUUUUCCUAUGGUUUUUACAUUUACCGCCUACACGUAAUGGAAAUUUAAUUUCUGCUUAUCAGAUAUGGCUAAUUUGUGCAAACAUUAUUUUUGCCUGUAUUACUGAGAGAUAGCUUUUCACUGGGGGAAGGAGAUGGCGAGUCCCAGCCCUCUGCUCCUUGAAGCCACUCCAGCCGCCGGGGAGCUCAGCAGCCUGGCGGUGGGUGCACGUAUCCUGGGCUCCAGAGAGCUGCCCCCUGGCCAUGGCUCUGCCCCUGGCAGCUUCUGUAGCUCAGGCAAGUUGGUCCUAAUCGAUACAGAUCUCAGCUGCCUCAUUUCUAAAAUGGGGCAGCAGUUGUCACCCACGUCCACCAUGACCUCUCUGAGGAGCUUUUUGCUAUGUAAAUGAAGCGUUGUUAACACAACUUUUCUUACUGGACUGUGAUCUGUAAAAGCUGCCAGUCAAAGCCCCUCUAAAUCAGUGUUUGCUUUGGCAGAAUCCAUUUUUACAGCAUGGGUUCCACUGAAAGCAAAUUUUUAAUAUAUAUCUCAUUUCCAAAAUCCCUAAUGAAAUCAUGGCCUUAUAGUACAUUUAAUUUUUUCAUCAGAAAAAGCUGAGGAUAGUUGUUUUCAUUAUUGUGUUGGUAUCUCAUACGUAAAUGGUGCAAUGAUGAGAAAUAAAUCUCGGUGUGAUGCAGAAACACUUCAGCCUUUCAGUGCUGUAGCAGUUGUUGCUUUCUGUAUGUAGGCUCGCUCUCGCUGCCGCUGCCACGUUGUCGGUUACCUUGACAGCAAAUAGGGAAAACAGAAGGAAUUGCUAAAAAAAACAAUGCAGGAGAAUAUAGAGCACCUCUUAAACCCCAAACCGCCUCAGUUCUGAGUGAGACACUUCUAGCUUCUCCCUGUGUAAAUAAUUAUGCAGUGUAGAGCCACGUAGUUCUGGUGCAGCUGGCAGCACCCGUGGCUAGCAGUGGCUGUGUCCGUGUGCUGGGGCUGCAGCCCCCAGGCCCCCCGACCCACACCUCCAGCACACCGGGGCUGGGCGCUGUCGGCUGCUCGUGGUGUGCUUGGUCCUUUGGGUUGCACCUUAAUUAGGGGUGUAAUGAGUACCUGCACCCGGGGGGGCAGACACCUCACAUCUAACCACGUUGGUUGCUUUCAUGUCUGUAACGAAAUGGAGCUUGGCAGCAAUUCCUGUACUCCUUAGGAACCUACUUUAUGGGGUUUUGUUGUUUUAUUUUUUAAGCCAGAAGGAUGAAUACUGAAAUGUUUAGGCAUAAACUAUUGCACUAUAAACAGAACGUCUUACUGAAGUGGAAUUUGUGAUCUUCCCCCCGGUGACACCUGUGCCAUGCGUUUUGGAAGCGGUGGGUUGUUCGUAGGAAGGUCGGUGGUGUUAUCCCAGCGGUUCUCGGGUCUUUUAUGGAAUCCGUGUGUAUAGGACAGCCAGACGUGGAGAGAGACAUAGAUGCUCGGUUCACUUUCUUUUAAGAAAAAUUAAAAAAAAAAAA